AUGCUCACAAAAUAUAGGUUCGAGAAGUCUUUAUAUGACCUUAUAAAAGGUCUACGGAGCCAUAAAGGUGCCGAGGAAGAUUAUAUCCAGAACAGUCUUCGAGAAUGCAAAGCAGAAAUCAAAUCACAAGAUAUGGACAGAAAAGCCACUGCACUGUUGAAAAUCAUAUACCUAGAGAUGUUUGGCUACGACAUGUCUUGGGCCUCCUUUCACGUAUUAGAGGUAAUGUCGUCUACGAAGUACCUGCAGAAAAGAGUCGGCUAUCUUGGAGCAAUGCAGAGUUUCAGGUCAGACACUGAGGUAUUGAUGCUUGCAACCAAUCUCUUAAAAAAGGACAUGGGCUCUUCAAAUAUCCCAAACCUGUCUCUUCCAAUGGUCACUCUUCCGCAUGUCAUAACGCCCUCACUCUCCAUGUCCUUACUUCCAGAUAUUCUGUCCAGAUUCUCCCACUCGCACGUUAUGGUUCGCAAAAAGGCAGUUGUUUGCCUGUAUAGGCUUGCUCUGGUUUAUCCCGAGGCUCUAAAGCUGGCUUGGCCUAAGAUAAAGGAGCGACUUAUGGAUGAUCAAGAGGAUGGCAGUGUCACUACAGCAGUGAUCAAUGUCGUCUGUGAACUCGGAUGGAGAAGGCCGCAUGACUUCCUUCCACUUGCACCAAGAUUAUUUGAUUUGUUAGUGGAGGGUGGUAAUAAUUGGAUGGCAAUAAAAAUAAUAAAGCUCUUUGCAACUUUGACUCCAUUGGAACCACGCCUAGUUCGGAAGCUCCUCCGUCCGUUGACGAAUUUGAUUCAGACAACCACAGCCAUGUCAUUGCUCUACGAGUGUAUCAAUGGUAUAAUUCAAGGGGGAAUUCUUGACGGCGAUGAGGGUUUUCGGGAAAAGGAUGAGAUAGCAAGCCUCUGCGUUGGGAAGCUACGGGGCAUGAUAGUUACGGAUGCUGACCCAAACCUCAAGUACGUCGCUCUUCUUGCAUUCAACCGGAUUGUAGCAUCGCACCCUGUGUUGGUGUCGAUGCAGCAGGAUGUUAUACUGGAAUGUUUGGGUGAUGCAGAUGUCUCGAUUCGGCUCCAAGCACUCGAACUUGCAACCGGGAUGGUAAGCAGUGAGACACUCCAACCUAUCGUCAGCCGCUUGGUUAAGCAGCUCAACGAUGCUUUCGUGCCGCUAUCCGAGCAAUCCCUAGGAGAAGACCAAUUGGCUAUGCGGGACAAAAACGGAAUAUCAGAACAACAAACCGUUGGAAGUUAUUCACACUAUCUACCCCCCGAAUAUAAGAUAGAAGUCCUUCAUCGAAUCGUGGACAUAUGCUGUUACAAUAGUUAUUCAGGGUUGCCGGAUUUCGAGUGGUAUAUUGAUAUUUUGGUACAGUUGGUGAAGCACGUUCCCCCUGAAGACAUAAGUGGGUACUACCGGUAUACGACAAACCCAGUAUGUGAGAUUGCAUGCCGUCUUGGUUCUGAACUGCGUAACAUUGCAGUUCGUGUACGCAAUGUUCGAAUGGAAGCAACUAGGGCGGCUGAAUCUUUUGUUCUUGUCCACAAUGAUAAGUCAGCAUCCUUUCGAAGGACUACGGCCAGUGACAGCAUUUUGAGCUCCCUGGUUUGGGUUGUCGGUGAAUACGCAGAACACCUCUUGUGCCCUGGGCAAACUCUGCAAUCUUUAAUCGAUACCACCAAUGCUUUGUUACCAGCGAGAACACUGUCUGUCUACUUGCAGGCUAUUCCGAAAGUCCUUGUUCACCUUACUUCCAACGGUGAUUCAUGGGACGAUUCCCAAAAAAGCGAGACUUCGCUGUUGUUAGCGCGGAUAAUAGACUUUCUUGAGACCUUAGCUUCCCAUCCAGAUUUGGAUGUACAGGAGAGGGCUAUUGAAUUUCUCGAGGUUCUGCGCUUGGCAGCGGAAGCCGUCAAUUCAGAGGUUCAUCCAUCGCAUGAACCGCCCUAUAUAUUAUCGGCCGUGAUUCCAAGCUUGUUCUCUGGCCUAGAGCUCAACCCGGUCGCUGUCGGUGCGCAGAAAAAGGUUCCGCUGCCUGAAAAGCUUGUCUUGGAUCAACCCUUCAACGAACGACUUUUGGGUCUCUUUGAUGAUUCCAGUGAUGUCUCUUUUAAUUUGGAGGCCCAGGAUCUCUCGCGGGAUUUUUACUACACCAUAGAUAUAUCGGCCCUGGAUCGACGUUUCACCGCGCUUGCGCAUGGUGACAUGCUGUCGAACAUAUCACAUUCAAAGGUCACUGGAAAGUCUAUCGUUGCCGCUGGCAAACCGAAACGAAGAACUGAACGCCGGGAUCGCAACAGGGAUGACCCUUUUUACAUCGACACCGAAGAAAACUCGUCUGGCACAUCUACCCCUUUCCAUAGGGUUUUCAAUGCUUCCAAUAGCGAUGGGAUGGAUGUCGAUUCAAUUCCUAUCAUUGACCUAAAAAUAAACAACGAGGCGAUACAUGGUCUGGCAUUGUCAAGGGAUUACGAAGAACAUAAACGCUCCAAUCCACGUCCUAGGAAAUACGACGUCAUUGCUGAUGAGAAUUUUGGGCACGAUGAAUCUAUGAGCAUCCAAGACUCCGACGAACCAGGGAAGGUGGGGCGAUCCCUACUUCAGGUAGACACCAGCGGCCUCGGGCAUUUUUCCUUGGAGGAACAUACUCCGAGCUCGAAUUUCACGCAGCGCCGCACCCAGCAAGAUGAGGACGAAGUAGAAAUGGCCAAAGCAAUGCAGAAAGUGGAGAAAGUACGGUUAGAGAUGCAAAGAGCAUCGGAGCGAAUUCAUCCCAAGGACGUACCUGCCGAGGGAACUCUUGUCAAGAAGAAGACAGACCGGAAAACUCGACAUGGAGCUGGUCCUUCCGUUCGGAAGAAAAAAAAAGAAAUCAGGUGA